GCGGCAAAUCGUUAACGAGUAACCGAACGACGACGUCGAAACAACCCAAUAUACUCCGACGUUGUCCUAUCACCCCGUCCUCGAACCCACGUUCCUCUCAGACGAAACCCAUUAAUUGUUUUUUUCCCCUUUCGCUACUCGCUUCCGUUGCGUCGCGUCGCUGCAAAAACGUGAGAGAGAGAGAGAGACGAACGAUACACGCAAUUGUGUGUGUGUGUGUGUGUGUGAGAGAGAGAGAGAGAGAGAGAGAGAGAGAGAGACGAACGAUACACGCAAUUGUGUGUGUGUGUGUGUGUGUGUGAGAGAGAGAGAGAGAGAGAGAGAGAGAGAGAGAGAGAGAGAGAGAGAGAGAGAGAGAGAGAGAGAGAGAGAGAAGCUUUGCGGGGGUUUUCGGUUUUGGCUGCAAAAAAAAAGCUUCAACAAGACAAACAUUACAUAUAUCUGCUAAACCGACGCCUCAGCUGUUUUUUGUUUUUGGUCUGAAAUCUCCUUUUUUAAUUUUGUUCCCUUUUCGUACAUAUACGCGAGAUACGUACUCAUUGAUUAAUACCAACUUCCCCCCAUCUCUCGCCAUAUCCACCCAUAUAUACAUAUAUAUAUACCCCUUUGUGCCCCUCUUCAGCUCAUGGGUUUUGUUUCACGUGUAAUUCUCUUGCCUCUUGAAUAGGGUUUUCUUGCUGAUCAUAUGGGCGAUCUUCAGGCUGGUUCUCGACAGCCAAACGGCGUCGUGGCCGAAGAUUGCCCGUUUCUAAUGGCGUCGUUGACGUCUAACCCUGAUCCCUUGUCAAUUGGGGAGGGUAGUUUGGGGAUUGCUGAGAAAAUGACCCAAGAAGUGUUGUGUUGCAUUCAUCCCACUUUGGACUCUGAGGAGAAGAGGAAGGACGUGAUUGAAUAUAUCCAGAGACUCAUUCGGUUGUCUAUUGGAUGCGAGGUCUUCCCAUAUGGCUCUGUGCCACUAAAGACCUAUCUUCCGGACGGAGAUAUCGACUUGACUGCCCUUUGCACUCCUGAUGUCGAGGAAACUUUAGCCCGUGAUGUACUUGCUGUUUUACAGCGAGAAGAGCAGAAUGCUAAUGCUGAGUACGAAGUCAAGGAUACACAAUUUAUUGAUGCUGAGGUUAAACUAGUGAAAUGCUUGGUGCAGAACAUUGUUAUAGAUGUCUCCUUCAGUCAGUUAGGGGGACUUUGUACACUAUGUUUUCUCGAGCAGGUUGAUCGCCUUGUUGGCAGAGAUCAUCUCUUCAAACGUAGCAUUAUUCUGAUAAAGGCUUGGUGCUAUUAUGAAAGCCGUAUUCUGGGUGCUCAUCAUGGUUUAAUUUCAACAUAUGCGUUGGAAACAUUGAUCUUGUACAUUUUCCAUCUAUUUCAUACAUCUUUAAAUGGUCCUCUGGCGGUCCUCUAUAAAUUUUUGGAUUAUUUUAGCAAGUUUGACUGGGAUAACUACUGUAUUAGUUUGAAAGGUCCAGUUCCCAAAUCUUCUUUGCCUGAUAUAGUUGUUGAAAUGCCAGUAAAUUUGGGUGACAACUUAAUGUUUAGUGAGGAAUUUCUUAGGAACUGUAUGGACAUAUUCUCAGUUCCAUCAAGGAUGCUUGAUACAAACUUGCGAGCAUUUCCUCAAAAGCAUCUAAAUAUAAUAGACCCAUUGAAAGAAAAUAACAACCUUGGGCGCAGUGUCAACAGAGGUAAUUACUAUCGGAUACGGAGUGCCUUCAAAUACGGAGCCCGCAAGCUUGGCCGUAUCCUUCUGUUACCAAGAGAAAGAAUUGCAAAUGAGAUCAAGAGGUUCUUUGCGAACACUCUAGAAAGGCAUGGGCAUAGUUUCAGCAAUGUGUCCUCAUCAUCCCAUUCUAGAACAUUUUCUGAGGAGUCGAUUCAGCUGAACUUGAAUCUUGAUUUGGACAACAAUAAACUGGAAGAAAGAGAUAAUGAACCAGACAGAUAUUGGAGGAACGGCAAUUCUAUAAAUGUGGCGUCCAAAAUGGCCCGUACAGUAGCUGGAAAUGGAGAAGCGAGUUUGAGAAUUGCAGACGACACAUCUAAUGGUUCACCAUCAAGUCACUGCUUGGGCAAUUCUCUUUAUGGAUUGAAUUAUCAUGCACCUCAUUUCUAUUUUUCGGGAUUUUCUCCAGAAAAUGGUAAUUUGGAAAACGGGUAUUUAAAUGAAGAAAAGAUGGAAAAUGUUGAUGAGAAGAUGGGUUUUGAUUUGUGGACCGAACUUCGGGAGAACGAUUUGAAUCAUGAGGAUGUGAGCUCUAGUGGAUCAGGAAUCUCAAGUCCAGUUGCUGCCAUCUCUGAUGGCCCACUUGAUUUCAGGGAAAGGGAUUUGGCCCACUUGGGUGAUAUUGCCGGAAUUCCAGAAACUUUGAUUCCCUUGUCAGACCUCAGUGGGGAUUAUGACAGUCACAUAAGGAGUUUGCUGUAUGGUCAGUGUUGCCAUGGGUAUGCUUUAUCCGCACCUGUGCUUCCCAAUUCCCUUCACCAAUCCAUUCUGGUUAAGCAAAAUGCAAGUUCUCAAAUUAAAACAAAUGGUGCGGUCAGACCGCCACAAAGCCCGAUCAACAAUCCCAUAUCAUACAAUUCUUGUUCGUGUUUGGAAGAAAUGGUUAAACCUCCAGGAACUGGUCCAUAUCCUGAUUCGAUUAUCAUUGGUCUAACGCAUGAAAAUCGCACGAACAAUCCCACACCAUCCAUUUCUCGUUUGUGUUUGCAAGAAAAGCAUAGACCACAAGGAACUGGCACAUAUUUUCCUGAUUCGAUUAUCGUUGAUCUUACACAUGAAAACCCCAUGAACAAUUCCACACCAUCCAAUUCUCGUUUGUGUUUGGAAGAAAAGCAUAAACCGCGAGGAACUGGCAAAUAUUUUCCUGAUACGAAUGGUUGUUCAUGCAGGGAGAAGUCCUCACAACCAAGGGGAAGGAAUCAUGCACCAGGGAAUCAACGUCAGUCCUGGAGACAAAUACAUAGCAAUGGCUCUGAGAAGGUGUCAUUAAGUCGUGAAAAGUCUGGAUUAUCCCACCAGAGUACUCGUUCCUCAGUGAAUGAUUCCAAUGGUGGUGGUUUCUCCAUUCCAUGUCGGAAAAUUGAAUUCGGAUCUCUUGGGCAGUUACCGGAACAAAUCCUUCAUUCAGCUUCAGGCCCUCCAAGCCUUGUGGUACGGGUGCAGAGUUCAAAAGAGGCAGUAUUAGGUGGUAAUGAAGGAAGGGUUGCGAGGCAGUCAUUCGUCCUCAAGAAUGAAGAUGAUUUCCCUCCUUUGAAACUGAACGACUAAGCGAGGAAGUUUGCUAAUGCUGAUGCUAAUGUAGAUGCUAACACAUAUACCAGCAAAAUAUGUAGAGAGGACCCACUUUUGUUUUCUUGUUUCAUAAACUUAUUUCUUUUGAAAAUUUUUGGUGGUUGUUGGUGUGAUUUACAAAAGUUGAUUCUGUAGAUUCCUGCCAUAUUCCUAUGUUUUACAUUCCCAUUCACUGCUUUUUCUGGUGACUUGGGCAUUACUUUGUACAUAACUGGUAGCUACUUCCAACA